AUGCACCUCUUCGGUCGCCUUUCCCGAAAAUCAUCCAACAGACAGAUCCAUUCAUCCGUCGAGUCUCUUGGCAGCAUGGUUAACAUCCAAGAAGUUGGCCCUUUUUUCUAUCUGACAUACCCUCGGUUUCCUGAGAAGGGCUCUGAUCCUAGUGAUGGACUGGAUCGCAGGGUGUAUGUUCGUCAGAACAUAGAUGAAUGGAGUGGGAAACGAUCAAACAAACGGCAGGUGGAUUUAUUCAUCAUGGCCAUGGAGAAAUUCCAGAAAUUGGAUCCCAAGGAUAAAAUUUCGUAUUUUCAGAUUGCGGGUAUUCAUGGACAGCCUUUUGUUCGCUGGGAUGACAACAGUCGCGAGCCGAUGAAAAACGGCUACUGCUUCCACGCACAUAUUCUGUUUCCUAUAUGGCAUCGGCCAUAUGUGCUUCUCUUUGAGCAAGUGGUCUACGAUAUCAUGAUUCGGGAUGUAAUCCCGCAAUUUCCCAAGGAGGAAGAGGCAGGCUGGCGUGAACUUGCCGACUCCUGGCGUCUUCCGUUCUGGGACUGGGCAAGAAAUGGCCGCGUGCCAGAUUUGGCCAAUGAGGGUGUCGGCACCGAAAAUACUUGGGCCGAUGAUGCAGAGCAGGAAGAGUAUAAAAAUUUCGGGAAUGCUAUAGGAACGAGUCGAUGGCCCGACGAGGAGGAUCAAAAGCCGACAAGUGAAGGCUGGAGACAUGGUGUCGUCAAUAACCGUAAAGUGGCUGAUGCUUUCAGUUCGCACAUGGGGUACAAUGAGAAGAACCAUGGCGCAUCUGCGGAGAUGGUUUACCGACUUCUCACGAUCCCAAUGGACUUCACGACCUUUGCUAGUACAAAUCCUACAUCUAAGGACCAAAAGGUGGAUGAAGAUCUAAACAUCGAAUAUAUACACAACAAUAUUCAUGGAUGGACUGGGGAUGCCGGUCAUAUGGGAAAUGUGCCUGUCGCCUCAUUUGACCCAUUAUUCUGGUUGCAUCACUGUAAUAUUGACCGUAUUUUCGCUCUUUGGCAAGCUCUAAAUCCCGAUAAGUUUCUCGACAAGAUUCCUCCCGACAAUUCCAAGAUCACAGACUCGCACGGUCAGGAGCAUGAUGUCAACAAGGACACACCACUGCAACCCUUCCGAAAUGAUCCUCGGGGGAACUACUGGACUCCUGAUGGUGUUCGAUACACUGUUAACCUGGGGUAUACAUAUCCCGAGCUCCAACGAUGGGACACGAAAUACUCUCAACAGGAUAAAACUUUCAAUGAAACUCUUUACGUGGAAGAUUUGACAGCCCAAAUCAACAGACUAUACGGUGUCUCCAGGUCACUGGUCUUGGAUCCGAAAACGCCCGCUCCAGAUGGCGUAGAACAUAUCGAUGGCGGUCUCAAGAUUACCGACUUCGGAUUCAGCAUCAGGUUCUUGAAGUACGCUUUUGGUGGCCAGCCCUUCUGGAUCAAACUGUACAUUGCCCAGGAAGAAGGUGUUCAGACACCGAUCACAGACUUGAUCGCAGAAGUGUAUAACUUCAGUCAGAGACCAGAGCUAGAUGGCUCAACUGUCUGUGGAAAUUGCAAAAAUGGCCAGACGGUCAAGAUCAAGUCAACUGCGUAUAUUCCAAUUACACCAGUUCUUUAUAAACUGUUGAAGGCUGGUCGGAAGUUGAAGACACUCACACGCGAUGAGGUACUGUCCUUCUUGAGAAAACGUGCAUACUGGAGAGUAGUAAAGCACGGCAAGGAACUACCACGUUAUGAGGUUGAAAAGCUCGACCUGGAGAUAAUUGGAAGUAGCAAUGACACGAAGUUCUUCGAAAAUCCUGCUCUACCGCCGGCAUUUGAUAAUUUCAAAGAGGAACCCACGAUCAGUGGCGGUGCUGACGGCGCCCUUGAUCCGGAGCUAAAGCAGCCUAACAUUCCAAUCCCCUAUCCACGUCCCGUGCGACUCAAGGCCAACCUUCCUCUUCAUAGCAACUUGGAAUUCCAGAAACAGCUCAAACCUGACAGCGUCAUUCUCCUGGAAUCCGAUUAUGUCGACCUAUCCAAACCUGCAGUCGGCGUUGACAUGACUCAAAUUUCCAUCACGGAUGAUGCCGGAAAUACAGUUUUCCAUAUUUCAAUCCGGCGGGGCCAAGGUCAGAUCAUAUUCAAUGCCAAGGUCAAGGGUUCUUGGGGAGAAGAAGAACGUAUCAAUUUAGAUCAUCGAUUCCGAGCAAGUGAAGAAGGUGCAACGAUUUUGAUACAUGACCAGGGAGAUGGCUAUGAGGUAUGGAUUGACUGGGUUCACGCUCUUUGGUUUGCCAAAAGGGUGAAGAAUGCCGUUCCUAAGGCGAUAUCCUAUGGCCUCGCUGAUGAGAACGGAACUGCCGUGCUCGCGGACGACAUUGAAGUGCGCACUUAUCCAUCCAUGAGGGCUUUGUUCCUUCAGAAGCAUGAACACGAAGAAGAAAAACACACGUAA